AUGUCAUCCCCCGAUGAUAAGAAGAUAAGAGCUCAAACGGAUGUGGAUGUCAACGGUGUGGCUGCUUCAUUAUCGAUGUUCAGUGAAUCAGACACAAAAUCCGGUCAUAAAGAUGCCUUGGUGCCCGAAAAAAAGAAAAAGCUUCCAAAGUCAUCGGCAGGAAAGCGGAAAAUUGGCAAUUCUGAGCUAUAUGGAGAUAUAAAUCAGCAGUUUGGAGCCUCUUCUAGUGGAGUUACUUCUCUUGAUAGUAAUCAAAAGCAUAAGCAGAUCGUAGAUUAUGAAUCUUUAGGCUGCCUACCGACUCAAAUUCCUUUAACACAUCCAGGCUUUAGUCAUGCUACAAAUCACACUUCCGUCUCUUCAACUUUCUAUGAACCAAGAGCUCAGCAUGAUGGACAUCAGCCUCCUUUUAUACAACCGUCUUAUGCUUCAAACACGGAGUGUUAUCAUGGUCAUUCUUCGGAGGCUGCUGCUUUCAAAACAAAUGAGAAGAGAGAAAAGUAUCAUAGCCAUGAUGGACACUUCUUAAGUAGGAGUUUCAAAAACGAAAGAAGGGCAAAUGAAAUGCCAUUUUACAGUCCAGGUUCUUCUCAGCUGGUAGCUCAUCAGUUUGAAAAUGAAAAUGAAGGUCAAAGUAAAGUUCGAGGGGUUAGUUUGGGAUUUUCAUCAGAAAUAGACUCAUCAACUGUACAGGAAAGCUCGCCCAUUAGCUCUGCUCUUGACCAAAACUCGUUUGAAGCAAAUAGCUUUUACCACCUGCAACAGGUGUUGGAUCAGUUGGAUGUUAAAACCAAACUGUGCAUAAGGGACAGUUUAUAUCGCUUAGCUAAGAGUUCUGAGGAAAGACAUAAUAAUUCAAAUGCAAAUGCCAUCAUUGGAGAUGGUACCGAAACAUUCAAAGACACAGUGGCUCAGGAUGCUAGCAGGUGUACAGGGUUCAUGGAUAUUGAAACCAACACAAAUCCUAUUGAUAGGUCUAUAGCACACUUAUUGUUUCACAGGCCCACCAAUCAAUCAACGGUUCUUCAAAAUGAUAUUGCACCUUUCAAAACCAGUGCCAUGAUACACGAAUCAUCUAUCAAUCCAGUAAAGGCUGAGAAUCAGGUCUUUCAGGAAGAUUUUUCUACCGAUGUAGAAAAAAAGCUUUUAGGGGGUAACACCUAA